GCCCUCCAUGCCCGGGGGAUGAAGACACUGCUGCCAUGGACAGCCCGUGCCAGCCGCAGCCCCUGAGUCAGGCUCUCCCUCAGUUGCCUGGUUCCGUGUCAGAACCGUUGGAGCCUAACCGGGCCAGGAUGGGGGUGGAGAGUUACCUGCCCUGUCCCCUGCUGUCCUCCUACCACUGUCCAGGAGCGCCUGGUGAGGCCUCGGCGGGAAGUGGGACCCCCAGAGCCACAGCUACUUCCACCACAGCCAGCCCCCUGCGGGAGGGCUUCGGUGGGCAGGAUGGCGGCGAGCUGCGGCCGCUGCAGAGUGAGGGUGCUGCGGCACUGGUCACCAAGGGGUGCCAGCGGCUGGCAGCCCAGGGCGCCCGGCCUGAGGCCCCCAAACGGAAAUGGGCAGAGGGUGGUGGGGAUGCCCCCGCACCCAGCAAACGGCCCUGGGCCAGGCAGGAGAACCAGGAGGCUGAGGCCGAGGGGGAGGGCUGCAGCAGUGGCAGUGGUGAGCCCAGUGCUGGGCUGAGGGAGGAGGUGCUGCCCGCUGCACCGGAGCGCCUGGCCCUGGACUAUAUUGUGCCCUGCAUGCGGUACUAUGGCAUCUGCGUCAAGGACAGUUUCCUGGGGGCGGCACUAGGUGGCCGUGUGCUGGCCGAGGUGGAGGCCCUGAAGCGGGGCGGGCGCCUGCGUGACGGGCAGCUAGUGAGCCAGCGGGCUAUCCCGCCACGCAGCAUCCGUGGGGACCAGAUUGCCUGGGUGGAAGGCCAUGAGCCCGGCUGCCGAAGCAUUGGCCUUAUGGCCCACGUGGAUGCUGUAAUCCGCCACUGUGCUGGGAGGCUGGGCAGCUACGUCAUCAACGGGCGCACCAAGGCCAUGGUGGCAUGUUACCCAGGCAACGGGCUGGGGUACGUGAGACACGUUGACAAUCCCCACGGCGAUGGGCGCUGCAUCACCUGUAUCUAUUACCUGAAUCAGAACUGGGACGUCAAGGUGCAUGGCGGCCUGCUGCAGAUAUUCCCAGAGGGCCGGCCUGUGGUAGCCAACAUCGAGCCACUCUUUGACCGGCUGCUCAUUUUCUGGUCUGAUCGGCGGAACCCCCAUGAGGUGAAACCAGCCUAUGCCACCAGGUAUGCCAUCACUGUCUGGUAUUUUGACGCCAAGGAGAGAGCAGCAGCCAAAGACAAGUAUCAGCUAGCAGCAGGACAGAAAGGUGUCCAAGUACCUGUAUCGCAGCCAACUACGCCCACCUAGUGGCCAGCCCCAGAGCUGCAUGGACAGCCGGCUUGCCCUGACUUCAGAGAGCCCUGGGCCCUGGUGCUGCCAGGCCAGCAGCCCACCAGUCUCAGUGCCUGCUCCUUCCCCGCCACCGCCUCUGCUUCUGACUUUGCCUCUGUCCUGCCUGGUGUGGAGGGCUCCGUCCAACGCUGAGGACCAAGGAGGAGGAGAGACCUCUCCUGCCCUGGGAUGGGGACUGGGGUUGUGACCCGGGCAGAGGCCAGUGCUGGGGGCUGCCGUUACUGGAGCUGGGCCCCUGUGUCCUGCCCUGUUUGGUCAUUCCCCCUCUCAGGUUUGGAGAGCUGGAAGGAGGCACUGCCACCUCCCACCAGGAUGCAGGAUUUGAGGUUGGGGUGAGUCAUGGCCUCUUGCUGGCAAAGGUUUAUGGGGGGAGUAUCCCCAAGCCCCCUACUCCUCCAGCCUGGAAUGUGAAGUGACUCCCCAACCCCUUUGGCCAUGGCACCUUUUGGACUAGGCUGCCACUGCUUGGGCAGGAUGAAAGGUGCUGGGAGGAGCAUGGGCGUGAAAGUUGUCAGCCAAGAAAUAAAAGUUUACCUCAGCUGCA